AUGUCUCAUCCUUACAAUAGUCUCGCCAACUGCAUUGGGUCACUCCGAGAAUCGGUCAAUCUUCUCGAUGACUCACUCAAAACCCUCGUGGAUACUACCAGCGAUAUACCGCGUGUUCGAAAUGUAAUUCUCACCCGACGUGUGUUUGGUUUGAUUCCAGAAUCGGAUCUCAACAAUGCCAAACAGAGCUUCAAAAACGAAGUCGAACCACAGUUGGAUAUACUAAUGGUAAAAAUUGACAGAUCGCUACAAAGACUUCAUAGAAGACAAACAAAUCUCCAGAACAAACGUGAUUUGCAAGCAGUGCGGCUUUCCGGAGCUUCAAAGAGAGAUUCAGUAAUUGACCUCCCUCUAAACAGGAUAUCUAAGGACGUAGACGAGUUGAAGCUCACGAGACUCAAAUUUCUCCACAAUAAGAAGGAACGACUCAAGUACAGUUUGUCACGGUUGAAUCUCCAGGAGCAGCGCACGAGAUUGAGUUUCCCGCCAUUGCCGCAUCCUCUGAACGAACAAUAGUGGUGCCAUCUUGUAGCAGAGAAUGAAAUCUAGGCGUAUUGGUGCAUUCACAUAGGUAGGUUAUGGGCAUGGGUAUACAUCGUCUUUUGUUAUUCUAAGUUGUACAGGGAAGGAGAGUUCUUUUAUACUGGAAUCGUUUCUAUUACGUAUGAAUAGUCUAGUAGUAGUAUAGGCUCGUUACACAACCUUCAACUGAACUAGUUAGGUGUUGUAUUUUUGUAUCUUAGUUAAUGUAUUUUAAAGCUGCAAUCACAGAGCU